GACUCUCUGUUUUUCCUUUGUUCCCAGGUUCAUCCGGAAUUGUAUGUUGACAAAUCAAGAGGAGAUAAACUGAAGAUCAAUCUAGAUGUUACUUUUCCACACAUGCCUUGUGCUUAUUUGAGCAUUGAUGCCAUGGACGUAGCAGGAGAGCAGCAGCUGGAUGUAGAGCACAAUCUGUUUAAGCAGCGUUUGGAUAAAGCUGGCAAUCGUGUGACUCCAGAGGCCGAGAGACACGAGCUGGGGAAAGAAGAAGAAAAAGCGUUUGAUCCAAAUUCUUUGGAUGCCGAUCGCUGCGAGAGCUGUUACGGGGCAGAGUCAGAGGACAUUCGGUGUUGUAAUACUUGUGACGAUGUCAGAGAAGCAUACAGGCGGCGCGGCUGGGCCUUUAAGAACCCAGAUACCAUAGAGCAGUGCAAGAGGGAAGGGUUUAGCCAGAAAAUGCAAGAACAGAAGAACGAGGGCUGCCAAGUGUAUGGUUUCCUAGAGGUCAACAAGGUAGCUGGAAAUUUCCACUUUGCACCAGGAAAAAGUUUCCAACAGUCUCACGUACAUGUGCACGCUGUUGAGAUUCAUGAUCUACAGAGCUUCGGCCUCGAUAAUAUCAAUAUGACGCACUAUAUCAAACAUCUCUCAUUUGGAAGGGAUUAUCCAGGCAUUGUGAACCCUCUGGAUGGGACGGACGUCACUGCACAGCAAGCUUCCAUGAUGUUUCAGUAUUUUGUCAAGGUGGUCCCCACAGUGUAUAUGAAAGUAGAUGGUGAAGUGGUAAGGACCAACCAGUUUUCAGUUACACGACAUGAGAAGAUAGCCAACGGGCUACUAGGAGACCAGGGUCUGCCUGGUGUAUUUGUGCUAUAUGAACUUUCACCCAUGAUGGUGAAGCUUACAGAGAAACACAGGUCCUUUACACACUUUCUCACAGGAGUUUGUGCCAUCAUUGGAGGCAUAUUUACAGUUGCAGGAUUCAUUGACUCCUUGAUCUAUCACUCAGCACGUGCCAUCCAGAAGAAAAUUGAACUUGGGAAGACAACAUAA